AUGGCGGAUUCUGUUCAUCCAGAAAUCGUCGUGGAAAAAUCUAACAGCUUUGGUACGCCAGCUUUUGCCGUCGCCAUCCCUGGGAUGGUAUUGUUGGCAGGCUUGGCGUUUGCUGUGUACUGGUUUUACAAUCUUUCAAGAUCUCAAGAUCGUAAUUUGGCAGACAUGGAAAUGAAUAAUGAAGACCCCGAAGAUGACGAAAUGGACAUGGACGAAGAAGCUGGACUAGAAGACAGUCUGGAUAUGGAAGAACUCUAUGACACUGACGAUGACUCAAAUAAUGACCUAGACGAAGUAGCUGGACUGGAAGACGGUCUAGAUACGGAAUUUCUCGAAAAGACUGACGAAGAGGCUGCACUUGAGGACAGUCUAGUUAUGGAACUAUUCGAGGACGCUGAGGAAACUGAGGAGGAGGAGGAGGAAGGUCUAGAUACGGAAUUUCUCGAAAAGACUGACGAAGAAGCUAGACUGGAGGACAGUCUAGUUAUGGAACUAUUCGAGGACAUUGAGGAAACUGAGGAGGAGGAGGAGGAGGAGGAGGAAGGUAUGGAGGAGCCUUGUCUAGAAGUCUACUUGUUGAGACAAGGACUAGAACAGAUGGAAGAAGAAAAGCUGGACUUAGAGAAGGAUUUGGAUAACUGUAAAGAUCUCGCACGUAAAAUGGAAAACCUCUGGAUGGGAGCUCAGCAAGAGAUCGAACUGCUUCGACGUCAGCUAGUGGAGAAAGAUCUACUCCUGGAAAAGAGAGCACAGGAGGAAAAUGAAAUGAACGCCAGAGAUAGAAAAAUCGAGAACCUGCUUCAGCGAAAUGAAAAACUUGUAGAUGAAAAUGGGCAGUUGGAAGAGGACUUAAAACUCGCUUUAGCUGAAGUACAGAAGAUGGAAGAGGUCGACAGAGAACAGCGGGAGAAAAUAGUGGCACUGGAGAGUCACCUACAGGAGAGAGCCAAGGAGGAAAGCGAGAUAGUUGAGAUAGAAAGAGAGCUGGAGUGCACUUUGCAGAAGGGAGGAGAGCUCAGCCUCAAAUUGAAAGAAAAUGAAAAUCUCAAUCAGUUGCUUUACCUGGAGAAUGAGGACUUCUGUAGGCUGAAUGAAACAUUAAGGAAUGCUUUAGAUGAGAAAGAGAAGGAAGCAGAGCUGCUGAAAGGAUCCCUCGCCACUAAAUCUAAGGAAUUGGAGGAAGCUCAAGAGGAACGAGAAGUAACGAAGAAACGACUGGAAGAAACUGAACAGGAUAAUGUGACACUCCAAGAUAACUUGGAAAGCGCUCUGCGUCAAGAACAGUGCCUCCAGCGCUUGCUAGAUUGUCAGGAAGAAGACAUCUUAUCCCUGAGGAAGAAGGAGAGUGAAGCCCAGUUGGAAGUGCAGCGACUUCUCAAGGAUUGCGAAGAGCUGAAAGAGGAGUGCCAAACACAGAGGGAAAAUAGGAUGAGAGACGAGAAGUGUUUCAGAGAGCAGCUACGAAUACAGGAGGAUGCUUUGAGAGAACAUGACAAAUACAUGUUAAUGAUGCUCCUCCAUGGAACCGCUCAGAGGAAUUUCCAACUGGAACACAUUGCACUAGAACAUGAGCAUGGAACUGCAGACGAUACGAGUAAAAACGAGAAGCUGGAAAAGUGUGCUGAAAGAACAGGAAGGAUAGACGAAGGGAGAGACGAAGACCCUUGUGAAAAUGCACGCAAGGGAGAAGAGAAACAACAUAGAGAGUUCUGCAACGCCCAGCAGGAGAUGGAGCAGGAUUACAGGGAACAGUGGGAGGGCCUCAAGCACAUAUUGAAAGAUGUCAUUAAUGGAGAUGAAUGA